AUGGCUGAAUAUGAAAGAACCAUCGUCACUCACUACAAUUUGCCCACUCCAUAUCCGACUGAGUGGCCUAAAGAGUUAGACGACAGUGAUGAUCAAGAAGACGCGCCAGAUGCCGUUGGCAUUCGACGAUCCCGAUCAAGAUACUCAGCUCUAGAAAGAAGUGCAAGUGAACGGAAAAGUCUACUCCCAGGAUCUCAGAAGACUGGUGAUGGCAGAGCGAACCUGGUUCAAAAAGAUGAACCAGAUCCUCUAGGCCACAACGCCAGUGUCGUUCAAACUCUGCGGAACCGUGGCUUGCCUGUUGAGCAGGAUUCUCGAUUACGCAACAAAUUCAUGCUUUCAUCGACCACGUUUUCACCGGCUUUGUUUCUGUCCCAAACACAUUCUGAUGCCACAAUCGAUGACUUGCUCCGAGGUCUGCAAUUUUUGUCGAGGUCAAUCGAUCAAAAAUCAGCAUCACUAAAAGUAUUGGUGGAGACCAAUUUUGAACGCUUUGUACGCGCCAAGGCUACAAUCGACAAUGUUUACACCGAAAUGCGCAAUCAGGGGAUUGAUACUUCAACCUCAGCACCACCUCCUCCGUCGCCUCGACACUCUAGGCGCACCAGUGGGAUUCAUUUCCGCAAUGUUAGCAGUGGCAGUGCAGCAGGUAUGCAUAGUCAAGCCCCACCACAGACUCCAAGCAAGAAUGCUCUUCGAAAAGAGACCGAAUUCGGCGUGCAAGGUAUCAAAGGACCACUCCUAGAGGUCGCUCAAAAGGCUGAAGAUGUCUGGGGACCAGCUCUAGGGGGAAAAGAGCGUGAAACAAACCUCAAAGCCAUUGCGGAGGCUAUCGCGAAGGAUCAGGCGCUUUACGAGGUGGGUCUGAAUCUGGAUGAAGCCAUCAAGCAGAAGGAUUACAGCAAAGCCGUCGAGCUGUAUAAUUCUGCGCGUCGGUACGCAGUCGAGGCAAGAUCUCUUAGCGAUGGCGUGGUACAGAAUGGCAGAACCUUAACCGAUGAGCAAGUUCACCGCAUUAUUGUUGCAGGCAGACUCUGGACCGACGCGGACGAACAAGUCAAAACUCUGAAGCGCGACAUCUGGCGCAGACUAUCAAAUAUGCCUUCUACAAACUCACUCCCUGGUGUAUCUCAAGCGGAGGAGCAUGUGGAGUUGAUCAACGUACUACUGGAGUUAGGAGUUGAUGAAAGUCCAAUCUGGGUUUAUCUUCUGAGUCGCUAUGAUUCUCUAAAGAACAAGAUAGCGGCCGUUGUCGAAAGAUCAAAGAUCGAGAUUGAGAUCCUUCGUCGGCGUCUAGCAGCUGGAGAAAAGCCUUCGUCACAAACGAUAGCAGCUUUUCUACGCCAGGCAUCUAAGGAUCGGCCAGAAGCACUUGACACAGAAAACGUGGUUGAUUUCUGGAAUUGUAUCUUGACAUACAUCACGAAACUACUGUCGCUAUCGAACGGCCUUCUUGGUGAAGUGGUUGAUUUCUGGGCUUCUGCUCGCUCUUUCAUCGAAGGCAGCAGACAGAAGAGCCUCCCUAGAGGCUUCGAUGGUGAAAGUGUUAAACACCAUCAACUUUCUGAAGGCAACAUCAAUUCCCUACGCAAUGGUGCGGUCGAAUUGAUUACCCAGGUCAGAGAUGCUGUGUUCUCGCUCUUUGCCGAGCCUCCCACCGAAGACAUAUCAGCACUCUUCUCACCAACACCUGGAUCUGCCCAAACCCCAACAACACCUCUGGCGCCUGUCCCAUUCUCCCCUACCGAAGGGAGGAUCGGCAGGUUGGAUCCCAACAACCUACCUGCAGCUGCAGCAAAGAGGGGUGAACCUUGGGAGGAUUUCGCCUUUUGGCCUCCACAUUCCAAUGCAUUAAGCGCUGUGCACUAUCUGGAGAAGAUCCUGGCCCUUGUUGGAAUCGCUGCUGGCGAAAUGGCUGCGCUAAGAUCCGUCACGAACAACGGACCAGUCUAUGACAAGAUUAAAUCCAUGAUCGCCGGUGCUCGUGAACGAUGCUUGCGAGCCGUUUGUGAGGCAUGGGGCAAGGAUGCGGAAAGUUGCAAAUCCCUCGAAGACUGGGUUCGAGCACCAGAAAAGCGUGAUCAGACAAGAAUGCCGUUAUAUCUUGCGGCCUUCGAACGCAAGGUUUUGUUGGGCAUGCAGCAAGUCCUCUAUUUCUCUGACACGCAUGCGAAAGCCGGUCGAGAAAUCAUCACUCCACCACCAUCCAAACUCCUGCAGAUGGUACGUACACAAUUUGUGAGUAGCGUCUACAAAGCAGUCAGCGGAAUGUUGGAAAAUGCCGAAUCAUCAACGCAAGGUCAAGAGGAUGAAUGGGUUCUAUCAAUCGGAUCGGGCUCCAUUGCGGAAGGUGGCGCUUUGAACGACAUGCUCACACAGGACGCUAUCAAUCCCUCUAGCCGCAAUGUACGCAUGCUACUGACCAUGUCAAAUUUGAAAGCCUUGCGAAACGAUCAUGUGCCGUCACUGAUCCAACUUUUCGAAACAUCAUUCUCAGUCACGUUGGCAGAUGAAUCCAAAACCAUCCGCGAUGUCUUUACCCAGAUUGAUGCGAAACUAUUCCACUCAUACACCAAACCCAUGGUCAUAGGACUCACGAAGUCGAUCAAAGAAGGCAUCAACGCACCCACCUGGGCACCAACAACAGGAAGACCCGACCAGGUGCGACCAUACGUCUACUCCGCGCUCAUGACACUAGUGAUGGUGCACACCGAAGUCUCGACGACAGUCUCCAAUAUUGCAACCAGCAGCCCACUGCUCACUGAAAUCCUGUCCUUCCUGCUCGAGAACGUCUCGCAAGCGUUGUUGGACGGCUUCAAGGAGCGCAAACCGAACACCUAUACGCUCCCCGCCCUGAUGCAGGCUACGCUUGAUACGGAGUUUAUUGCACAGACCAUGUCGCAGUACGCCACCACCAAGGCGGGUGAGACGCAGGGCCAGAUCUACACUGAGUUGGAUAAGCGCACGACGAACGAUGCGAGACAGCGGCUGCAGCAGGAAUUAGGUGAUAUGCGUGUCGUGUUGAAGAAAUUGCGUGAGGGCAGUAGGAAUAGUUUUGGUUGCUUCAAGCGGCAGCGUCCAGAGAAGGAGAGGGGAAGAAAGUUGACUGGUUAG